AUGUCCAUGGCCAUUGGAAUGGGAGGAGCUGCGUGGCUUCUAACAGAAUCCGCACUUACGACCACAGCAGCCGCCUCUUUGUGCACGAUCUUCAUUCAAACAGGGAAUAAGGUACCCAUUGUGGUAAUUUUCGAAGGGAGAGGUAGGCUCGCUAGGAAGGACCGACGGGAUAGAAUUUCGCAGUUCCGUAUGCCACUUGUCUAA